AUGACUGGAUGGUUUUUGAAGACUGCCAACUGGAAGAGCUCACCUUUCAUACACAUGAAUGCACGGAGCAAACGUCGCGGCUCUUCAUUAUGCUUCAUUAUGCUGUGGAUGCUUGUGUUACCCAACCUCUGGAUAAUAUGCAGCGGCAGUAUUCAGAAACACGUUCUCCUGCCAGGGUUCAGUGGCUCAGAAAUGGAUUACAUUGAUAACAAUGGAAUAUUUCUGCUCUCUAAUGGAACGGUGUUUGGCUUUGGUUUUGCCAGCAGCAGUGCGUCAGAGAGCACAUCCUACCUUCUUCAAGUGCUCCACCUGGGCACCAAUACCGUCAUCUGGACUGCGAAUGCUAACUCUCCUGUUUUGCAUUCGGAUAGCUUUGAGUUUGACAAGGAUGGCAAGGCCUACCUGCAGUCUGCAGGCUCCAGUGUCUGGACUGCCAAUAUCUCUGGCAAAGCCUCCUCUAUGCAGCUGCUGGACUCCGGCAAUCUUGUAGUGCUCGGCGAAGAUAGCUCUUCUCCUCUGUGGCAGAGUUUCAGCUAUCCAACAAACACACUUCUGUCUGGCCAAAGCUUCAGUGAUGGUAUGACACUUGUGAGCCAUUCCACCCAAAAGAACAUGACACAUACACUUCAAAUCAAAUCCGGGGACAUGAUGUUGUACGCAGGCUUCCAGAACCCCCAACCAUACUGGUCCGCACUGCAGGAUAAUAGGCUGAUCGUUAACAAGGAUGGCGCCAUCUACUCUGCGAGUCUCAAUGCAACUUCUUGGUACUUCUAUGAUAAAUCAGGGUCUCUUCUAUCACAGUUCGUCAUAACGCAGCAGGGUGAUGCCAACACCACUUUAGCUGCUGUCCUCGAUGAGGAUGGGUCGAUCGCCUUCUAUAUGCUGCAGAGUGCGAAUGGCAAGACUAAUCUGCCAACCCCAAUCCCACAAGACUCGUGUGACACGCCAACCCACUGCAAACCAUACUCUAUUUGCAAUAGUGGGACAGGAUGCCAAUGCCCUUCAGUCCUCGGCUCCUCUCCAAACUGUGACCCUGGUCUCACAUCAUCUUGUAAAUCAAAAGAGGCGUUUCAGCUGGCUCAACUGGAAAGUGGAGUUGAAUAUAUCGGUACGAGCUUCACCUCACCUGUGGCUAAGACAAACAUCACAGGUUGCAAGAAUACUUGCAUGGGAAAUUGCUCAUGCAUCGCCGUCUUCUUUGACCAAAAAACAGGCAAUUGCUUCAUUUUUGACCAGAUUGGUAGCUUGCAGCAGGAAGGUGGAAAUAAAACUAAUUUUUCAUCUUUCAUCAAGGUAUCUAGCAGUGGCUCAGGGCAAGCUGGGAGUGGCAGUGGCGGUGGAAACCACAAUAUCAUUAUUGUUGUCAUUAUAGUUGGAACUUUGGCUGUCAUCGGUGGCCUCAUUUAUGUCGGUUUCUUCAUUUAUAGGAGGAAGAGGUAUCCUCCGUCCUCACAAGAUGAGGCUGGUUCAUCGGAGGACGAUGGAUAUCUGCAGACAAUAUCUGGAGCACCAGUGCGGUUCACUUACAGGGAGCUCCAGGAUGCAACAAACAACUUCUCUAACAAGCUUGGCCAAGGAGGAUUUGGAUCUGUAUAUCUGGGAACACUCCCAGAUGGCAGUCGCAUCGCUGUAAAGAAGCUGGAGGGAAUAGGUCAAGGGAGGAAAGAGUUCCGCUCCGAGGUGACAAUAAUUGGCAGCAUCCACCACAUCCAUCUAGUUAAACUCCGAGGCUUCUGUGCUGAGGAUUCACACAGGCUUCUUGCAUAUGAAUACAUGGCGAAAGGGUCACUUGAAAGGUGGAUCUUCCGUACCAAGGAGGAUGAUCCCCUUUUGGACUGGGAUACAAGGUUUAAUAUUGCACUUGGAGCAGCAAAGGGAUUGGCAUACCUCCAUCAAGACUGUGAAUCGAAGAUCAUUCAUUGCGACAUCAAGCCUGAGAAUUUCCUGCUUGAUGACAACUUCCUUGUGAAGGUAUCUGACUUUGGCCUUGCCAAGUUGAUGAGCAGGGAGCAGAGCCAUGUUUUUACGACGAUGAGAGGCACGCGGGGCUACCUCGCGCCCGAGUGGAUCACCAACUACGCCAUCUCAGAGAAGAGCGACGUAUACAGCUACGGGAUGGUUCUGCUUGAGAUUAUCAGCGGGAGGAAAAACUUUGACCCCGUGGAAGGCUCAGAAAAGGCCCAUUUCCCGUCCUUCGCUUUCAAGAAGCUGGAGGAGGGCGAUCUUCGCGAGAUCCUUGACGCCAAGCUGAUGUACAACGACAAGGAUGAGCGACUGGAAAUCGCGAUCAAGGUUGCUCUGUGGUGCAUCCAGGAGGAUUUCUACCAGAGACCGUCCAUGUCGAAGGUGGUUCAGAUGCUCGAGUGCGUCUGCGACGUGCCCCAGCCACCGAUAUCCUCACAGAUCGGAUAUAGGCUCUAUGCGAAUGCCCUCAAAUCGAGCAGCGAGGAGGGCAUGUCGUCGGGUAUGUCGGACUACAACAGUGAGGCUCUGCUUUCAGCAGUGCGGCUCUCUGGUCCUAGAUGA